AGUCUAUUAUGAUGAAGAAGAAUGAGCUUGGACAGAAGAAAGUAUCAUUCAAGCUUCGGGGAUGCGUUAGCGCUUUGACUCUUGCUGUUAUUCACAACUUCAAGUGUCGUAAUCUGGAUUAUUCAAAUGUCAGUAAGCCAUUUAUCAGUUAUUGGCAGGAAGAGAAGGAUUUGAGUGAUGUUGUGAAGCAGUUUGAGAUCAACAUGGAUUUUAUUCUGCCGGUGAAGCGUGAAAAACAGAAGGUUGAGUUUAAAACUCCCAUUGUUAGUGUUGCUAGUAGGAAGUCUGGUUCUCCUAUAAUUAAGGUGGUUGAGGGUCCAUCACCUUCAACUAGGCAGCUUAUCAUGGAUCUUCCUCAUAGUUUGAUGACUGAUGAGGAAAUAGAUGCUCUUGAUGUUCCUGAAUAUGUGAAGAACAUGCACAAGUUGAAGAGGAAUGCGCUUGCAUUCUGUCAAGUGAAUUUGGAGAUUGCCCAGAAUAUUCGGGAGGAAGGCGAGAAGCUGUCUCAAGACAGUAUUUCUCUGGAUGAUAGUGAAGUAUUUAACCCAGAUUUUCUGAGUCAAAUUGACGACAUAUGCAAGCGUCAUUUGGAAGCGAAAGACAGUGCAAACAAAGUUGAUCCUACAAUUUCACUAUUGGUGAAGCGGCCUGUUGAAUUGGAGUUUGGAAGAAUGAAAAUGUUCCUGAUUUGAUUCUGGUGUUCAUGGAGUUGAUUUGAAAGAAGGAAGUAAGUUCCUUUCAUUAUAUUAUUUUCAUGUUGUAGUUUUGUAAUCUGGUUGGAAUAAAAAUUUUAGACUCUAACUGAAAGAAAUGUUUUUACUGAAGAAGUGAAAUAGCUAACUUUGAGACUCUAACUGAAAGAAUAAAAAGACCAACUGAAAACUUUGACAGUCUAACUGAAAUAAUAUGAACACCUGCUGAAAAUGAGAUGAAUACUAAAUGAAUUUUUUCAAUUCACUUAAGUUUUCAUUUGAUUGCUGGAUUUUUUCAAUUUUUUUUUUUCGUCUGUUGCAAACAUUGUUUCAGUUUAUGUGUAUUUAGUUGUUUUUUUAUGUUUUGAAUGAAGAUGAUGAAAAAGAAGGAGAGGAGGAUGAGAAGAAGAGGAAUGCUGAUGAUGAUCAGCAUAAAGAAGAUGAUGAUGAUGAUGAUGAUGAUGAUGAUGAUGGUGAUGAUAAGGAUCACCAGAAUUAUAAUGAGACAAAGGAUGAUGAUGUUGAUGAUAAUGGUGAUCCUGGUCUUCAAGGAGAUGAAGACAAAGGAGGAGAUAAGGAUGCUGGUCUUCAUGGAGAUGAAGACAAAGGAGGAGAUAAUGGUGAUCCUGGUCUUCAAGGAGAUGAAGACAAAGUAGGAGAUAAGGAUGCUGGUCUUCAUGGAGAUGGAGAGGAAGGUGGAAGUAAGUUCUUCUUAUUGUAUUGUUUCAGUUUGCUUAAAUGAAAAAGUUAAAUAGCUAACUGAAAGAAUAAAAAGACCAACUGAAAAGUCUGAUAUUCUAACUGAAAUAAUAUUAAUACUAGCUGAAUAUCAUAUAAAUACCAAAUGAAACUUUUGGUAUUUGUUUUUAUUUAAUCUGGUGGAAAAAUAGUUUUAGUUUUCAAUGAAUUUAUUCAUUUCUGUUUUGUGUUUUUCAGUUAUUGUGUAUUUAUUUAUUUUUUUAUUGUUUUUGUUUUUGAAUGAAGAUAAUGAGAAAGAACCAAAGGAAGAUGAUAAUAAGAAGACUGGCAAUGUGAUGAUGAUUGUGGUCUUCAAGGAGAUAAAGAGGAAGGAGGAAAUAAAGAGUUGGAUGCUGGGGUUCAUGCAGAAGGAGAGAAAGGAGGAAGUAAGUUUCUUUCAUUUUAUACCUAAUUGAAAGAAUUCAAAGACCAACUGAAAAAUGUGAUGCUCUAAAGGAAAUAAUAUCUUAUAAAUAGCAACUGAAAUACUGUUUUAGUUUGUAACAAUAUGAAAACGAACUGAAAAAUAAAUAGGAAGUAAGCACUAUAAAGACUACCUGAACAAUAACUGAUGAAGUAUUAUAAAGUGUAGCUGAAAAUGAUUGUAAUAGUAUCAAAUAAAAGAAUAAUUAUACUAAAUGAAAUAAAUUAAGGACCAACUGAAAAGAAAAUAAGUCUAACUGAAAACUAAAUAAG